UAUAAUAGAAACCAUGUGUGUUUGGCUCGUGUCUCAUCUCAUUGCCUUUAAAAAGGAUCAAACAUAGUAUAGCUUGGACUCUUUUUGCCGUCUAUGAUCUCUCUCAAUCUCUCAUCUUAGCUAUCUUUCUCUCGUUGUGUCUUCAUUUCUUUAUCUCAUCAAUGGAUUCGAAUUUUCAUUACUCUAUAGAUCUUAACGAAGAUCAAAACCAUCACGAACAGCCCUUUUUCUAUCCUCUUGGAUCCUCUUCGUCUCUUCUUCAUCAUCAUCAUCAUCAAGUCCCUUCUAAUUCUUCAUCUUCUUCUUCGUCCAUUUCGUCUCUUUCCUCUUACCUCCCUUUCUUGAUCAACUCUCAAGAAGAUCAACAUGUUGCCUACAACAAUACUUAUCAUGCUAAUCAUCUCCAUCUUUCUCAACCCCUCAAGGCUAAGAUGUUUCUGGCUACUGGUGGAUCAUCAUCAUGCGAUCACAUGGUGCCAAAGAAGGAGACAAGACUGAAACUAACGAUAAGGAAAAAAGAUCACGAAGACCAAACCCAUCCUCUUCAUCAAAACCCGACAAAACCCGAUUCAGACUCCGACAAGUGGUUGAUGUCCCCAAAGAUGCGGUUGAUCAAGAAAACAAUCACAAACAAUAAACAGCUCACUGAUCAGAGUAAUAAUAAUAAUCAUAAAGAAAGUGAUCACUACCCUUUGAAUCAUAAGACUAAUUUUGACGAAGAUCACGAUGAAGAUCUUAGUUUCAAGAAAGUCUUGACCAGGACGACCACGGCCGCGACCACCAAAAAUCGCUACAAUACAAUCAACGAGAAUGGUUAUGGUAAUAACAAUGGCGUGAUUAGGGUUUGCUCGGACUGUAACACCACCAAGACUCCUCUUUGGCGUAGUGGACCUCGAGGUCCCAAGUCUCUUUGUAACGCAUGUGGCAUAAGGCAAAGAAAGGCGAGGCGAGCCGCUAUGGCCGCGGCCGCAGCUGCCGGCGACCAAGAGGUGGUGGUAGCGUCCCGAUCGUCACAAUUACUGCUGAAAAAGAAGUUGCAAAACAAGAAAAAGAGAUCAAACGGAGGGGAAAAAUACAAUCUCUCUCCUCCGGUGGUGGCCAAGGCAAAAAAGUGCAAGAUCAGAGAGGAAGAUGAGGUGGACAUGGAGGCGGAAACGAUGAUUGCCAGAGAUUUAGAGAUCAGCAAAUCAACAACCUCUUCUAAUUCUUCGAUUUCGUCGAACAAACUUUGCUUCGAUGAUUUGACAAUAAUGUUGAGCAAAAGCUCAGCUUAUCAACAAGUGUUCCCACAAGAUGAGAAGGAGGCUGCUGUUUUGCUCAUGGCUCUGUCGUAUGGAAUGGUUCACGGUUGAUCAGAUAAUCACAAUAUCCUGAUUACAAGAAAGGUUUAUUUUUAUAGUUAUAUAUAGACUAUAGUAAUCAUAAUAAUGAUUGAUUGUUAAAUCUUGGAGUGAUUAAUUUAGUUUUUGCAGUUGGUCUAAUAUCAGGAGUCAGAAAAACAUUUUUAUAAUAAGAUUGUGUGAGAGUUUAAUA